CCUCAUGCCCCUGACUCAUGUGUCCUUGUUCAUUGAUCUGUACAUGCUUCUGUUGCCUUUCUGCUACAAAAAUCGCUACAUCCAUUUGAACCCCUCCAUCUAGAUCAAAGUUCUACCACGGAGCCACGUAACAAGACCAUUGGAAUUGAGAUCCCGUUCAAAAGCCCAGAAUCUUUCUGUCAUCUAUCCAUACUUCAUAAUCUCAAGCUACCCAGGUGGGAAUCUCGUGCCUCAUCCAGCUAUCGCCAAAAUUCUUGGCCAAAUCCCUAUCCUACAAUCGAAAAUGAAGUUCCUCUCUAUUUCCCUUGCCGUGCUUACCGCCGCUGUUGUGCAGGCUAUGUCUAUUCCUAUGCCUAUGUCUGCUGCCGAUACCACAAAUAAGGCCUUAGCUGAAGCUAAGCGCGAUAUUGUCCCAAGAGGCGGGGUAAGCUGGAAGUGGUGCCGUAUUUCAGGGCAAGGCUGUCACAAAUGAAGCAAGAAAGCAAAGCUAGGGACAUGUACAAUGUUGGAAUCCAAAACCUUUUGUCUCCUGUGUGGCUUGUUUACAAUAACUACUUUGUCUGAGACACAGUUACCGAGGGCUCCGCCACUGUACUUUUGGGCACACAGCAAAGACGUGAACCAGAUGGAAGAAAAGACUUAGUUAAAGAUAUGGCGAGGAUGAAAGGGUGUGGUGAAAGAAGCGCCUUGAUUUUCUUGCUUUGUCCGUGUUCUUUGUGGCUAUAAGAUUGACCUAUCAAUCAUCAUAAUUCACUAGUACUGGAGAGCUCGUUGUCUUUGUGAGGAGAUAUGCGGAUCAUUACUCCGUUCUUUCCGAGGGUAGCAGUCUUUUGAACCCGACUAUAUUCUGUUAUACACGGUAUUAUAACUUCUACCUCCGUGGACUGCAGUGAGUCUAG